AUAUUAUUCUUGGUCCAAAUAAACCAAGUAAAUAUCAAAUCAAUAAUUAUCUAGUUCUAAUCAUCGAUGAGUUAGUUGAUUUUGCUUCUGGUAUAGAUUUACUAGCAACAUUCGAAUAUAAAAAAGGAUGCAAAAUUUAUGUUGCAUUAAUUCUAUCAUUAAACAAUAUUCUAGUUGCAAGAAAGAUUUGUGAUUAUACAAAUUAUACAGUGAAAUAUUAUCGCUGUCUAAAAUGUGCAGCAUAUGAUAAUUUAUCUAAAAGAAGUUACUAUGGUAGUUUUGAAAAUAUGGAUGAAUGGUUUAAUCCAGUAGAUAUAACAAAAUAUUUUGAUACAGUGAAAGAAUGGUUAAAUUGUACAAAUAAACAGGAAAGAGAUAAUCAUAUAUCUAAAACAGGA